CUCUCACAGCAAACCAUGUGGUUGAUAAAUACAACUCUAAUGUAGAAUACAUUUCUUGGUCCAAGAAAGAUCAAUGUGACAAACAUGUGAUUGGUACAGAGGUUCCAUACAGAAUACCCUUGAGAAUGAGGGGUGAUGACGAAGAUAACAAUGAAGACGAGGAUGAUGUAGAGGAUGAUAAGGACAGUGAAAUUAGUGACUUGACUGAUGAUGAAGAUAACAAUGAAGACGCAGAUGAUGAUGAAGAUGAUAAGGACAUUAAAACUAGCGACUGGAGGAGUGAUUAUGGAGAUAACAAUGAAGAUGAGGAUGAUGAAGACGAUGAUGAUAAGGACAGUGAAACAAGUGACUGGAGGAGUGAUGAUGAAGAUAACAAUGAAGAUGAGGAUGGUGCUGAAGAUUAUGAUAAAGACAGUGAAACUAGUAAAUGGAAUGAUGCUGUUUACUUUGAUACCAGCAAAAUGGCAUUUGAUGAGCAAAUGCUUGGGGAUUGCAUAUAUGAUUACACAAUGAAUGGUGAAAAUAUUGAUGAAGAAGAACAACAACAAUACGACAUUGCUUGCAUUAAACUUGAUAAGCAGUUCCAAUAUACCUCCCAAAAGAUGGAUACCCAAAAUGAAAACGGAACAAAGGAGAUGGAUAAACAGGGAGAAAACAUAGGCCUAGUACAAUACAAUGCUUGUUUUGAAUGUUGCACAACAAAGGUCAGGUCAGAUGAUUAUAGAAAAAGAAAUUUACUUGGAUCUGUGGUGGUUAAGCUAGGAUCCUCCAAACAGCAAAGAGGCAAGAUUGUUAACCUUGAUGCAGCAGGUGAAAUCAAAGUCGGGAAAAAGACUGCAUGGGUAACUAAUAUGGUAGCUAUCGGUGCAGAUAAUGCAAAUUCUGACAUUGACUUUACGCACUCUGGAGAUAGUGGAACUGUAGUAUGUGAAAUGGUAGAAGAUCAAGAACAUUAUCGAAACUGUUGGAUGAUAUUUGCAAGAUUGGACAAUAAAUGGAAGCAACCUGUUUCAAUAGCAUUCUCGUUACCUGAUGCCUUGGAUAAAUUAACUGAGCAAGUCAACACAAAGGAUAGGAAACUGAGAAAAAGAUUUAGGUUAUCUUGCUGCAAGAAAGAGUUUGAACAACAAGAGAUGGAUGAAGAAUCCUCUGUGAAAAUGUCAGGAACUGUUCUUGAAAUGUUGCUGAACUAUUCUUUGAAUAAUUCUUGAACACAGUUGCAGAACUGAUCACAAUCUGUUCAAAGGAAGGUUCAUGAAUAGUUCUUGAAGUUCAAAAUGGCACACUAAUUCAUGAACUUAUUCAUUGAUUUUUUAUGUUCUUGAGUAAUUUAUGAACAAUUAUUCUUGCACCAUAGUUCAGAAAAUGUUCCAGAAAUAGUUCAAUAGAACAAAUCUAGAACUUCUUGAUUUUAAAUUUUUUACCAAA